UAAUAUACAUCGUGGGCGUGGGUGUUAGUUCAACUGGGCCUUAGUUGGGAGCAGCCUCUCCCAGACCUAGGCUUUGUUUAUCCAAAAAAAAAAAAAAAAUCAUUAGUCAGCACCAAGCUACCUCUCAUGUCUCAUCCCAACUAGUGAUAGGAAUAUAGAGGCUGCAGUUUGAUUGGUUAAUGGUGGGUCUCAAAUCCCAACCAAGCUUCCUGGUCCCUGGCUUCUUCAAUGUGCCUUCCCCUAACUGGAAAUCAACCUCAAUAAACCAUUCUUUGAUUGACCAAACUCUUUUUUUAAUUUGUGUUAACUCUUCUUCUCCAGUUUUUGAAAACGAAAGACAACCAAUCCAUCUACUUCUAGGAGACAGAGGCUCCAUCCCCCACUUGGAAACUUGCCUUGUGAUCAUUAUAUAUUUUAUCUUUCUAUGUUGCACCUUUCACUCCUCAUUGCCUAUGCAUCUCUUCAUCUUCUUCAUCCUUUUCGGUUCCAUCUUUCUUGAUACAAUGGCCUCCAAUGGAAACCACACAACAUUGCAAGAAGGUCAGAGUCCACUACAGCUGCCUAAAGCAGAACAAAGGGACUGUCAUUACAAACCUGGGGAAGAAUAUGGAACAGUUCUUUUCACAUCGACGGAUCGCAAUUUCAUCGAGUUUGAUGAAGGAUGGGAGUUUCUGCAGAAGGGGAUCACAAAGAUGAAGAGGAUCGUAGAAGGGAUGCCAGAAACUCAGUUCAGCUCAGAUGAUUAUAUGAAGCUCUACACGACUGUUUACAAAUUGUGUACUCAGGAUCCCCUUAAUGAUUACUCUCAACAGCUUUAUGACAAAUAUCGGGAGACGUUUGAGGUUUACAUUACUUCAACGGUGCUUCCUUCUCUACGAGAGAAGCCUGAAGAGUCGAUGCUGCAAGAACUUGUCAAAAGAUGGACAAAUCAUAAAGUUAUGGCAAGGUGGCUGUCACGCUUCUUUCAUUUUCUCGAUCGCUACUUCAUCGCGAGGAGGUCGCUUCCCUCUCUAAAUGAAGUUGCCCUUAUCUCCUUCCGUGAUUUGGUUUAUCAUGAGGUGAAUGCUAAUGCCAGAGUUGCUGUGAUUGAUCUCAUCUGCAAAGAACGUGAAGGAGAGCAGAUUGACAGAGAGCUAGUGAAGAAUGUGGUAGACAUGUUUGUUGAAAUCGGAAAUGGGAAAAUGGAUGCUUACGAAAAGGACUUGGAAGCUCACAUGCUGGAAAACACUGGCGAUUACUAUUCUCUCAAAGCGUCGAGUUGGAUUCUAGAGUAUUCUUCUCCAGAUUACAUGUUGAAGGUCGAUGAAUGCUUGAGAAUGGAGAGGGAGAGAGUUUCGCAUUACCUGCAUUCAAGCAGUGAGCAGAAGCUGGUGAACAAAGUUAAAGAUGCAUGAGUUGCUGGUGGUUUAUGCAAACAAUGACAUAAAGUAAUGAAGGAGACAUUUCUGUCAAUCUGUCCCAUUUGCUUUCCAAGUGUAACAAAGAUUUUAAUUCUAUCAUUUUCAUGGAAGACUACAAUAAGGGCU